AUGCCAGUUUUCACAAUUAAUACCAACAUUCCGGCUGAUAAAAUUCCAGCGGACUUUUGUCAGAAGACAUCCAAGCUUGUUGCAAGUGCAUUGGGGAAGCCAGAAAGCUACGUAUGUGUGUGCGUCAAAGCAGGCUUGCCGAUGACGUUUGGAGGCAGUAGUGAGCCAUGUGCAUCAUGCGAAAUAAGAUCAAUUGGGGCAGUUGGAAGGGAUUACAACAGAUCUCAUGCGUCUAAACUUUACCCGCACUUAAGCCAAACUCUUGGGCUUGCUGGGAACCGAGUUUACAUCGAAUUUAUCGACGUUAGCGCUUCGACAAUGGCUUUCAACGGCAGCACUUUUGCGUAG